AUGGAGUUGUACAUGAGAGGUUUAGUGGUUCUCUUGCUCUAUUUUCUUUUCACUACAGUCACAAAGUUCGGUUGUUGUGCUGGGCAUAGUCCAAAGGCUCUUUGCAGAGAAAAAGAAAGAGAAGCUCUUUUGAGCUUCAAAAGAGGCAUUCAUGAUCCUUCAAACAGACUCUCUUCUUGGGCCAGUGAAGAGUGUUGUAAUUGGGAAGGAGUUCGUUGUCACAACACAACAGGACAUGUUCUCAAGCUCAACCUCCGAUGGGAUCUUUCUCAAGAUCAUGGUUCUCUGGGUGGUCAGAUAAGUAGUUCUUUGUUGGACUUGAAGCAUCUUCGAUACUUGGACUUGAGCUGUAAUUACUUUGGGUUCCUUAAUAUUCCAAAAUUCUUUGGUUCCCUCUCCAAUUUGAGAUAUCUUAAUAUCUCUAGUGCAGGCUUUGGUGGUGUUAUUCCUCAUCAACUUGGAAAUUUAUCCAAGUUGCAUUAUCUUGACAUUGGGAACUAUGAUUCUUUGAAUGUUGAGGAUCUUGAGUGGAUUUCUGGUCUUACCUUCCUAGAGUUCCUUGACAUGACAAAUGUGAACCUAAGCAAAGCAUCAAAUUGGUUACAGAUUCCUAUCUCAUUAGGAGGAAUUUCAUCCUUGCGUUAUCUAAGAAUUAGGGAAAACUUCUUCGAGGGUAUUAUAUCUGAAAAGCACCUUGCCAAUCUAACAAGUUUAGAAAAAUUGGAUGCAUCUUCAAACUUGUUAACUUUGCAAGUCAGCUCCAACUGGACUCCUCCUUUUCAACUCAGAGCAUUAGACUUGGGGUCUUGCCUUCUAGGGCCUCAAUUUCCUGCAUGGCUUCAAACACAGAAGCAUUUGGAAGAUCUAAACAUGUCCUAUGCAGGAAUCUCCAGUGUCAUCCCAGCUUGGUUUUGGACUCGAUUCCUUAGUACUGUAGAUCUAUCUCACAACCAAAUCAUUGGUAGUAUUCCAAGUUUACAUUCAUCCUAUAUCUAUCUCGGCUCAAACAAUUUCACUGAUCCACUGCCCCCAAUCUCUUCUGAUGUAGCACAACUAGACCUCUCCAAUAAUUUAUUCCGUGGAUCUCUUUCACCUAUGUUGUGUCGGAGAACUAAAAAAGUAAAUUUAUUGGAGUAUCUAGAAAUCUCAGGAAAUCUUCUGUCGGGAGAACUUCCCAAUUGUUGGAUGUAUUGGAGAGAAUUGAUCAUGUUAAAAUUGGGAAAUAAUAAUCUGACGGGACAUAUACCUAGCUCCAUGGGUUCUCUAAUUUGGCUCGGUUCAUUGCACUUGCGCAACAACCAUCUCUCCGGAAAUUUACCACUUCCAUUGAAAAAUUGCUCUAGUCUAAUGGUUCUAGACCUUAGUAAGAAUGAAUUCACUGGGACGAUACCAGCAUGGAUGGGGAACUUCAAUGGAAAGUUCAUUGAAAUAUUUCCAGGGGAUGGUGAGAUUACAUAUAUACCGGGUCUAGCGGUUCUUGUCCUUCAUUCAAAUAAGUUCACUGGAAGUAUUCCUCUUGAACUCUGCCACCUUGAUUCCCUUCAAAUCCUGGACUUGGGAAACAACAAUCUCUCGGGAACCAUUCCUAGAUGCUUUGGUAAUUUCAGCAGCAUGACCAAACAAUCAAAUUCAAGUUCCCCCUUUCGUUUUCAUAAUGAAGAUUUUAUUUAUUCGGGAUCAAUUGACACAGCAAUACUGGUUAUGAAAGGAGUAGAGUACGAGUAUGACAAUACACUUGGCCUCCUAGCUGGCAUGGACCUCUCAAGCAAUAAGUUAUCUGGUGAGAUCCCAGAAGAACUCACAGAUCUCCAUGGUUUGAUAUUCUUGAACCUGUCUAAUAACCAUCUCCAAGGGAAGAUUCCUGUGAAGAUUGGGGCCAUGACAUCACUGGAGUCUCUUGAUCUCUCCAUGAAUAGACUCUCUGGUGUUAUUCCUCAAGGUAUGGCAAAUAUGUCAUUUUUGAGCAGUUUAAAUUUGUCAUACAACAACUUGUCUGGCAAAAUUCCAUCAGGCACCCAGAUCCAAGGCUUUAGUCCCCUCAGUUUCAUUGGCAACCCGGAGCUUUGUGGAGCUCCACUGACUGAUGAUUGUGGUGAAGAUGGUAAACCAAAAGGUCCAAUUCCGGACAAUGGAUGGAUUGAUAUGAAAUGGUUCUAUUUGGGUAUGCCAUGGGGUUUCGUGGUUGGCUUUUGGGCCAUUUUGGCUCCAUUAGCAUUCAACAGAGCUUGGAGACAUGCUUAUUUUCGGCUGCUGGAUGACGUGAAGUAUAAACUACUCGGAUGGUGUUUGUAA